AGGAUCCUGCUAACGGGAGGCCCGAAAGCAACUACGAAAAACAUGACCUACUAAAUCAACGCAGCCUGUUGAAAGCUAAUAUCAUUUUUGGUUAAUUUACAUUUCCUAAAUAGACGUGUGCCUUACACUUGCAUGCGUGCUCUUUUUUCGAGAGCAUCUCGCGCAAUUUGAGCAUCUUUAGCGUCAGCCAGUCAAUCCAUCAUUAGCAUGGUUAGCAUGUAACCCAGUGACAGAGUGCACUAGAUUGACCUGCGGCGCUCUAAACGACAGGAAAUCACGACAAACGGCGGUGACAUCAGCAGGAACACAGUAAAUAAGUGUGUGUUUGACACAGAGGAAUGAGUCAUGACCUCUGUGGUGAUCGUAGAUGGUGGAGGGAAUAUAUUGGAGUACGUCACUGGAGAUGAGGAAACACAGCAGGAGGUGUGUCUUGAUGGGGAGGAGCCUGUUGGAGAGAAGGAGUGUCCUGCAGUGAUAGUGGAGCAGGUGAAUAGUGCAGAAGUGGAGCAGUGCUACGCAGCCCAGGUGUUAGUCUACGAUGAUCAGAACACCUACCUGGUACAGGAUGUGGCCGAGGAACAAGUUGUCGAGACCGAGUUGCAAGACACGGCAUCAGUGGAGGUCUCGGUACAUGAUAAAACUAUUGAAGCAGCAGAAGCUCUGCUGCAUAUGGAUUCACCAGCCAGCCUACAGGGGGAUCGCAGUACAGAGGAGCUUUUAUCUGAGAUGGAGGUGGAAGUGAGAUCUGAGGAUAUGGGGCCCAUUGACAAGGACAUUGUUGUCCUGCAGGAGACAGAAUUACUGAAAAAGAAGAAGAGAGCAGGACGAAAACCCAGAACUCCACGAAAUUGCUCUGAUGGUUCACUGGAUCUGGUCUAUAGGAGGAAAUCAAAAGAAAGCAAGGGCUCAACAACCUACCUAUGGGAGUUCCUUUUGGAUCUCCUACAGGAUAAGGAAACCUGUCCAAAGUACAUUAAGUGGACUCAGAAGGAGAAGGGUAUAUUCAAGCUUGUGGACUCCAAAGCAGUGUCUAAAUUAUGGGGAAGACAUAAGAAUAAACCUGACAUGAACUAUGAGACAAUGGGGAGAGCACUUAGGUAUUACUACCAGCGGGGCAUUUUAGCUAAAGUGGAAGGCCAAAGACUUGUGUACCAGUUUAAGGAGAUGCCCAAAGACAUUGUUUUCAUAGAUGAUGAUGAUAUUGAUGACAGCAUUGAUGAGGGAAAGAGCGAAACCCAAGCUGCAACCUAUCGCAGCAGUCUGAAAGGGAAAGGGGUGGCAGUCUCUCCCUCUACUGCUGUACCUAAAAUCAUCAAUCUAACCUCAGGACAAGAUGCCUUUAUGACCGUGCAACAGUCGCCAGCCAAUACAACGACAGCCCCUGGGACUGUGAGGCUGGCUAUGCAGGUCCCCUUUCUCAUGACAACACCACAGGGUCAGAAAAUCUCCACAGUAACUGUCAACUCACCCACCAGCUCAAUCACUGGGGGUAACAGCACUGGUAAAGUGCUGCUCCAGGCCGUGCCAACGCUUGUGCCAGCUCAGGGGCAAAGUGGUGAGAGAUUCACCCUGCAGCUCAUCACCCUUCCUACUAUGCCUGGCAAAGCCGGCACGCCUAUCACUCUGAGCACGCUCUCCCCGGUCACCGUGCCAACCAGCAACGUUCUAAAGCUCACUGUCCCGUCCAACUUCACAGCACCCACAGCCACAACUCAAGUGACUGUGGUGCCAAAUGUACAGCCAGCGAUGUCUUUACAGGAUGUGAAUAUUAUAAAGGUGGAAUCUCCUGAAGUUUCUGUGUCUCAGACAGUUGACAGUUCUGCAGAGAUUACAGAAAGCACACAGACGAAUCCCACAACAACACAGAGCUGAGUGAACAUCAAAUACUCACAGGAACCAACAUAUGCACUUGUGAUGGGAAUAGUGGCUGUCUCUUAUGUGAAAUGGAUGAAACCAGCACUACAGCAUAUACACUCGUUCACAACCCAACACUAUAACCAUCAUGCAUAGCCUCAAGCCUGGAUUAGACAUUGGAAGGCCUUUUUUUUUUUUUUGCUUUUGUUCUAUUAAUCUAUUCAAAUCUAGCUUUGUUAUAGCAGACCAUCAGUGCUGUGAUACUGAAGUAAGGAACUUCACCUGGUGCUAAAGAUGAGAGAAAGUCACAAAGGUAAAGAGAUUUAGCUGAGAUGCUCUUUUUCACUUGCUCAUCUGGAGGAUUAAAGAAUCUGUGCAUAGACGUACCAUUGUGGUAGUCAAUAAAAUAAAACAAGCAGCCUUAGGUCAUCUUUUUGCUCAUUAUGUAAAGGAAUUGAUUGUGCUUUGUGUGUAAAUAUAAUUAUUAUAUAUAUACAUAUAUAUAUAUAUAUAUAUAUAUAUAUAUAUAUAUAUAUAUGCAGGAAUUUUUUUUUACAUUUCAUUGUAAAGGACAUUUUUUCUUUCUUGUCAUUUCAGUCUGUACCAUUUUUAAAUAAUCGUCUUUUUGUGCAUUUACCACCAUGUUUUCUGUAUCAUGCAUCCACUGCUUUGUACUUUGCUGAUCACCUUUUUUUUCCAUGUAUACAAAAAGGGAAGGAUUGUCUGAAAAACAGUAUAUUGAAUAUUCAAUAUAUGAAACAUUGUUUUAUUUUCACCCUAAAGUGUAUCCAAGUAGAUUUAAAUAUAGAGACAAGAAUUAUGUAAACAACUGGUUUAAUGAGCUUUUGUUUUUGUUUUAUAUUUGUAUGUGCUUGUUAAUUGGUCCUCAUGACUCUUCUUAAAUGUUAAAGUAAUAGUUUGCCCAAAAAUUAUAAUUCUCUAAUCAUUUACUCACACUUAUGCCAUCUCAAGUCAGAUGACUGUCUUUUUUUCUGCGGAACACAAAGAUAUUUUGAUGAAGAUAUGUGAAUAUAUCCAGACGAUGCAGUUCAAUGGGGUCCAACACUUCCAAGCUCCAAAAAGCACAUGAAGGUAAUCCAUGUGACUUCAGUGGUUUAAUCCAUGUCUUCUGAAGCGAUUCAAUUGGUUUUGGGUGAGAAUUGGCCAAAUUUAACUUCACUAUAAAUUUUGCCAUUUGCAGUCUUUUUGGCGCAAUCGUGAUUUCAAGCUAACUAUAGUCACAUAUUUCCAAUAAAAUAUAUUUGUGUUCCGUGGAAGAAAGCAUACGAGUUUGAGAUGACAGGAGGGUGAGUAAAUGAUCAAAGAAUUAUCAUUUUUAGGUGAACCAUUCCUUUAAUUCUAGAUGACCAGAGCUGGGACUGGUAUCAGUGUGUGUCCAUAGAUACUUUUAGUUUGACCUUUGAUAAUAAAGAGUGAUAUAUCUGUCA